ACAACCAAUCUGCCUACUCACUACAUACAUCAGUGACAGUGAUGGCACCUUCCCAAAUGUCUCUCCUCAUUCUCGCCCUUCUCGCACUCGUCUCUUCAACCCCUGUAAUCUCUGCCUACCCGCCGACCAUCUAUGAAGCUCUGGAGCUAUUCGGACUUCCUGUUGGUCUCUUGCCUGAUUCCGUCACAUCCUACACUUUCGAUCCCACUGAUAACAGCUUCGUUGUUGAACUUAAGAAACCCUGUUAUAUCAAGUUUGAUUACCUUGUUUACUUCAAAACUAAGAUCACUGGAAAGAUCAAUUCCGGUGUGCUUAGCGAGAUCAAAGGUCUUCAGGCGCAGGUAUUCCUGUUUUGGUUGAAUAUCGAUGAAAUCAGAGUUGAUGUGCCAGCUACCAGCAAUGUCUAUUUCAUACUUGGAUCUAUCAGUCAGACGCUUGAUAUCAAACAGUUUCAGACGAUUCACCCUUGCAGAGAUAACGCCCUUGCUGCAUGUGAUCAUGCAUCCAAACUUAUCUCUCAGCUUCCAAUUACAGCAGAAGAAGUUGAUAAGGUGAUCAUGGAGUAGAGGUUUUUGCAUCGAUCAAAUCGAGAUGUACUUUGAAGGUAUCGUUGUGUUGCUAUUUUGAAGAUAAGAAGCCUAAAGGAUUCAAUUGUGUUUGUAUGAAUAAACUUCAGAUUCCGAUCCUGUUCUAAGAAAUGUAUGAUGUUUUUGUUUGAAAUUGGUUGUAAGUUUGAUCAAGCAAUGUGUUGCUACCGUCUCCUUCAAUAAUACUCUCCAAAACCAUCUGCUUCUGUCC